AUGGGAGACGCUGCAAAUGGGAAAGUUUUAUUUGUAAGAAUGUGCUCAAUGUGUCACACGGCGAAUCAAGGUGCUAGUCACAGAGUUGGUCCAAACCUACAUGGCAUUGCUGGUAAAAAAUGCGGAACCACACCUGGUUUCAACUACACCGAACAAAUGAAGAAAAAAGGCAUCACAUGGGACGAAGAAACUUUAAAUGAAUAUUUGCAGUUCCCCAGGCAAUUUAUUCCCGGCACUAGAAUGGUGUUCAACGGCAUUAGAAAAGAACAGGAUCGCAAAGAUAUAAUAGCUUAUUUAUUCACAUUGAAAUAA